GGGAUCGGUGAGGUGUCGGCCGGCGGGGCAGCGGCCCGGGAGUGGGGGGGGGCGGGCGCGUUGGUCAUGUUUACCUUCGGGCCCGGUAGUCCGGGAGGGGAUGGGACGGCCGGAACCGGGACUGAGGAGCCGGCAUCCCAUGCCGGGCAGGCAACGGCAGCGGGGCCGCUCCCUUCCCCGCCUGAGGCUGACGCAGCCCCUCCCCCGUCGCCCUCCCGGAGCCCUCGCCGUCCCGGCGUCCCCUCGCUGCCCCCGGCCGCACACGCCGGGGAGCUCGAGCCUCACGCAGCUCUGGACUCCUCUGCAGCUUCCACCCAGGGAGAGCCGUCACCGCCCUCCCCAGCGCGCCGGCGACCCGGGCCCGACUGCAGGGCGGGGGGCCGGGGCCGCCACGGCCUCGGUGCCCGGCUGUUCGGGUGGCUGAGAGAACGCAGUCUGGGCCGCGGGCUGUUCGUGGACCCGGCGCGGGACAAUUUCCGCACCAUGACUAAUCUCUAUGGUUCCAUCCAUCCCGCGGACUCGGUGUACCUCAGCACCCGUACCCACGGCGCGGUCUUCAACCUCGAGUACUCCCCCGACGGGUCAGUGCUGACUGUUGCUUGUGAACAGACUGAAGUUCUGCUUUUUGACCCUAUAUCUUCAAAGCACAUAAAAACACUUUCUGAAGCUCAUGAAGACUGUGUAAAUAAUAUCAGAUUUCUUGAUAACCGGCUGUUUGCUACCUGCUCUGAUGACACUACAAUAGCACUGUGGGAUCUGAGAAAAUUGAACACCAAAGUAUGCACUUUACAUGGUCACACUAGCUGGGUGAAGAACAUCGAAUAUGAUACUAAUACAAGACUCUUAGUAACAUCAGGAUUUGAUGGAAAUGUCAUUAUUUGGGACACCAACAGGUGUACAGAAGAUGGGUGUCCACAUAAGAAAUUCUUUCACACACGUUUUCUCAUGAGAAUGAGAUUAACACCAGAUUGUUCGAAAAUGUUGAUCUCAACGUCCUCUGGAUAUCUCUUGAUUUUGCAUGAUCUUGACUUAACCAAGUCUUUAGAAGUAGGCAGCUAUCCUAUUUUGAGAGCAAGAAGAACUACAUCAAGUUCAGAUCUGACCACUUCAGGUUCAUCUGGUCCUAGAGUUUCUGGUUCACCUUGUCAUCAUAGUGAUUCUAAUUCAUCUUCUGAGAAAUACAUGUCACGAGCCUCACAAAGAGAAGGAGUUUCACCACGAAAUAGUCUUGAAGUCUUAACCCCAGAAGUUCCUGGUGAGAGAGACCGCGGAAACUGCAUCACAUCCUUACAGCUGCACCCGAAAGGCUGGGCCACACUCCUUCGGUGCUCAAGCAACACUGACGACCAGGAGUGGACUUGUGUCUAUGAAUUCCAAGAAGGAGCUCCCGUGCGACCUGUCUCCCCUCGCUGUUCUCUACGACUAACUCAUUACAUUGAAGAAGCCAACGUAGGCAGGGGUUAUAUCAAAGAACUUUGCUUCAGCCCUGAUGGGCGGAUGAUUUCUUCCCCACACGGCUACGGGAUUCGCUUGUUGGGAUUUGACAAACAGUGCAGUGAACUUAUUGACUGUUUGCCCAAAGAAGCCAGUCCCCUGCGGGUGAUCCGUUCUCUGUACUCUCAUAAUGAUGUGGUACUGACGACAAAGUUCUCUCCAACACAUUGUCAGAUUGCCUCAGGGUGCCUUAGUGGACGGGUUUCUUUGUAUCAGCCAAAGUUUUAGGCACAACUUACAUCAAAUAAGGAACUCUUCUGGUGUUUGACUUAUGAAUUACUUCAAUUCAGGUGAAGUAUUUUCUUUUUAGAAGAUCUUGAAAGUUUGGGUCAAGAUCCCAGUUCUUAUGGGUCCAUGAACACACCUGUGACCUGAGUACUUGGUCGUCCAGCAUCGCAGGGUCCUCGCCAAGGUAGACUCCCUGCAGCAGCAUCUUUUGCCGCAUUCCUCUGCUCCUGCUCACCUGUGCCGCCUGAACUUCCGUUCUGCUUCUUUUGCAUGGUAGCUCUUGUCAGGUUUCUCUUCUUUCCUUGUUUUUUUUUGGAUUUUGGUGUGAGUUUCGUGGACGUCUGGCAGGAGUUUGGGCUGGGUUAGGAGAAACCCGUGGCACUAGUGUUGAAUAAAACCCAGAAGUUUGAUGUCAGCAUCCUGGUCAUUGAAAAAGAAAUUCCAUCUUCACUGAGUAUACUUUGGCCUUUUAAAGUUGCUGUUAUGUUUCUCUAUAAUGAGCACAGAUAAUGGCAUUAUUCUCAUAACUGUUAGUCUUACAACAAACUGUCUUUUAAGUUUCCUGUUAAAAUUAUACAUAUUUUUUCACCGUAGGGGAAUUUUGUUGUGAAAUUCUGGAAAAAAUAAUUACCACCUCUCUUUGUAAUUUACUUGUACGAAUUUAAAAAUCUCUAGCAUGUGUCCUUACUUGGUACUUUGUUCCUGUCAAAAACAUUUAGAAAGGAAAAGAGAAGGAAUGGGCUUUGGUCAUUUCUGCUACAUAAAAGAGGAUUCAUUAGGUUAGUAUACUACCUGGUCACAGAGCGAUGAGAACAGUGUGGCUCAGAGUUUCUGUUUUCUCUGCCAGACAAUUGGACUCACUCAGGGUGACAAGUUAUAGUAUCGGGGUGGGGGGGAUUGAGAGUAAAGAGGUUGUGUUUUACUCUUUAUUCCUUGAACGCGGUGGCACAAGCUCAGCCCCCUUAGCAUCGGGGAGUGGGGAGCUGCAGUCCUCUCAAGCCUUGUCCUAACUACAGUAGUCAGUUACUUGGAUGUCAAAGCAAAGAGCCAACACGAAGACCUCCUGUGUUUGGUUAUGGAACGCAGCAAGUAAAAAGGAUCAAGCAGGGGACAGUCACAGGGCUGACUGCUCUGCUGAAGUAAGCAGCUUUCUUCUAGUCUCCACUUUGGGUGGUAUUCUGUUUAGAAGGGAUCUGCCAGAGGCCGGAUCAAUUGAAGCCACAUGCUAGCUCUUUCCCUCUCAGAUCACAUUCUCUUAGGCCAGUGGUUCUCAAACAUCAGGGUGCAUUACAAUCACUGAGGAGCUUGUGCAGAACAUAGAAACCUGGCCCUUAUCGUAGGAGGUUCUGAUUGAGCCAGGGAGAGGACAGGAAUCUAUAUUUUUAACAGGCACCUCAAGUAAUCUUUAGGUGGUCCCUGGGCCAGAGUUUGCAAAGCACUACCUUAAACAUUAGUAUUUCUGUACCUCUCAGGUGCUUGACUCCCAAAAGGUGUUUUGAUUAAAAUUGUAGGUAGAUGAAACCAAUUUUAGAGGUAGAAAAUGCAGUCAGUCUCAUUAUUUGAUCUCAUUGGAUGAAUGAGAAAAGUUAAGUGACUUGCCUAAAGUCAUCUGAUAAAAUCAGUGGCAGAGCCAGAACUUGAAUUCAAGUCUCCUAACUCCUUGCUCAGGGCAAUUUCUACUGUAUUCUGCUGGCUGUUAAGUCAAUGAUUUAUGAACACUUUGUCUUUAAGUUGUAUUUCUGUGACUACCCUUAAACUGGUCAAUAGAUUGAAAAAGGUGUGGAAGUAGAUGCUGAGAAUUCCAGCCGUAAGAAGAAAAGUAUCUUAAAUCUUACAGAAAUGUCAAAACAACCCAAAUACAUGAAUAAAACUGACAUUUCUUUGUAGGACCCACCAGACAGCCAUGUACACAAGUGGACGGAGCUUACAUCUCACUUGGAACAAUGUUGUCUCUAGGACAGAUUGUAAAAUUACAUCAUUUCACCAUGGAUGUUAAACUAAUUGGAAUUUUUUAGCCAGCAAGAAAAGUACCGCAAAGUACAAUAAAAACAUAGGUUUGCCAUAAACUUUAAAGAAAAAAAAACACACCUACAUAUUUAAAGGAAAAUAAAAUUUUGGAGGCAAAAGCACCCAAUGUUAACAUUAAGAAUCAGCUACUAAGUACAAUUACAUUAAUUUUUUAAAAAGGUUCCAUAAAUUGCAUCUCUUUUGGAGAGAGUUGCAUGUCAUGGACUCACAUGUCACCCAGCUCUGAAUUUCAGUCCAGGAUUCUUCAACCAUUAGAGAGUUUCUGUUGUGUCAAAUAAUGCCCACACUCUACUACCAACCCCCCCCCCCCCCCCCCCAAAUACCUUGCAAGGUGGGUGACAUGAUCACCAAUUGACUUGGGAGGAAAUGGAGGGUCAGAAAGGUUAAGUGAUUUCCCUUAAGUCACAGAGCUGGCAUCGGGUGGCAAUGCUAGGAUUCAGACCCAGGUCUGUUUUAAUCCAAAGCCUGCUUACUAUUCUGCCAUUUUGCCCUUUUGUUUGUAAAGGAUGGGCAACUAGCCUGAGCUGGCUGGUAAACUACAGAGCUGGCUUACCUUCUGCACCAUGUAAGAGAACAUUUGCAAGACUGGAAAUUUCCAUUAGAAUUAAUACCAUAAAACGCAGGGCGUACAUACAUACAGUCCAUUCCUAACUGGAAAACUGCAAGCACGUUAAGUAGCUGUGAAGUAAAGGAAAAUGUAAACAGCCUUGUAUAAAAAUAGAGCCACGGAUGAGAACUAAAAAUUAGCCAGCAAACGCAACAAAACAAUCUUUGUCCUCUUUGAGGAACAGUUGUGAUCAACAAGUCAUGAGGGGGAUAUUAAUCUGGGAAUUACAGGGCAUCAGGAAUGCUAGACUCUUGGAGGAAACUGCGGCUUACAAUUGCAAGAUCUCAUUUCACUUCAGAGUAUAAAAUCCAAUCUGGUGUUUUUCACUCUAAAUUUAGUCAUUUUUAUUCAUGAUAAUUGGUGAGUGUAUUAUAAUUGGUAAUGUGGUAUAAUUGUUGGUAAACAGUAUAAAUUAUACUUGUUUUAAAAAGCUUUCUACAGGGGCACCUGACUGGCUCAGUUGGUGGAGCAUGCGAUUUGUGAUCUUAGGGUCAUGAGUUUGAGCCCCACCUUGGUGGGGUUUGAUUGCACUUAAAAAAAAAAAUCUUGAAAAAGUUUUCUACACAACAGUAUGUUAAUGGCAGUGUUGUUGAAUAAGUUUGGGAACAUCAAAUAUUUAGUAGUUUCUUAUCUUUAAUUAUGAAAAUGAAGUGGCUAAAGCAGACGAGACCCCUAUCUUAAUCUUUUGAAAACAUGAUCUUUUUUCACAGAAGCCCAAAGAACAUGUGUAUUUUCUUUUUCCUUGUUACAUCCGAGAUGAGGCUAUACCAAAAAUUUUAGGAAGACAAGCAAGGAAAAGGUUCCCCACGCCUGUGUCUAGAACCAAGAUCACAUUAUAUCAUGGUUAAAGUUUUGUUUUCUAGAAAGUGCAAUAUAGGAAAAACACCCUGAGAACCUUUUAGAAGCCUAUGUUUCUGCCAUUAGUCAGACUAUAUGGUAUUGGCAUCCGUAAGUAUCUGUUAAAGCUUGUGUUUAGCAGGAGAAUAAGUGUUAGUCUGAUAACACUGAUGACAAUCAUCCCCAUUUAAUGACCAGCAGCCAUGGAGAGUUAUGAAAAUUCACUCAGUAAUAGCCUGUGUUGGUCAUAAAAGAAAGCAUAUACAGUAUAUGAAUUUUUGGAUAACUAAUGCAUAUCUCUUAAGUGCCAAAAUUUUAAACCUAUAAUUAUUUUUGAUGUAAGUCUUUCAAAUAAUGUUAGUAUACCUUCCUGCCUUCUUCAACAGCAUGCUCAGCAUAAUUCACUUUUUCAUGAUGAAAAGUAAAAGUUAUAUUCAUGUGUUAUUACAGAUAUCCAAUUAGCUCUGAUGUAUGUAAAAUACUUCAUAAAAUGUAAAGGGCUAUAAAAUUAUGAGUUAGUAUCAAUUAUUAUAAGGUGAUUCCCUCAGCCCCGAGGUAUAUAUAAUCAUUUGCCUCCGGUUGCUGGUGUUUUUUUCAUUAAAAAUGUUUUCUAUCUGCUAAGUAGUUUGUUCUGUCUCCUACCACAGUAUCCAUAUGCCCGCCUCUAACAGGCUCUAUCUGAUGUGCUGUGUUCAUCUGUUAUGAGCUGGGACACGAGAUGACCAAGCUUGCUUGGUGUCUAAAGAGCUGCAUAAGCCCUGGUUGUGCAGUCUUUGAGACAGCUCUUUUGGUUGCUUACCAGCUUUCUGACAGAUUCACAAUAACCUGGAUUACAGAAGUUCCCAGUUAAAGCCUAGGCUAUUUUCUCAGUUGCCGCUAAGUAAAAUACUAUAAACUAAGGAUGCUGCUAGAUUAAGGAAUAAUAGAUUAAGCAACGUACCAAAGUAUAGCCAAUUAACAACAAAGGCUCUGUAUUUGCACAGGAUCCUUUGUGCUUUUAAGGAA